GAACGAUAAAAAUGACUAAGGGUUGCUUCCAUCCAUUUUAUUUCUACCAUCAAGCUUUUCCUUGAAGCCGUCAAGCUAUUCGAUCCCUGAAGCUCUCAACUUUGUUUCCAGUUACAUUUGUAUCAUCAAAAUGAUGCAUCUCAUAAAUAAGUUUGAACACCUGAAGAUACAAUUAGAAGCUAUAAAAUUAGCAACUGACAACUUUGCUGAUGAAAAUUGCAUUGGUAGAGGUGGGUUUGGCAAAGUAUACAAGGGAGAUCUCCUUCAUUCCAAAGGGCAAACAGUUGUUGCUUUAAAGCGAUUAGAUCCAAAAUUUGGACAAGGAAACCCCGAGUUUUGGAAGGAGAUCAUCAUGCUUUCUCUAUACAAGCAUAAAAAUAUUGUUUCUCUUUUAGGAUUUUGUGACGAGGGCGACGAGAAGAUCCUUGUGUAUGAAUACGCAUCUAGGAGAAGUCUUGACUCAUAUCUCAAUAACGAUGAUCUAACUUGGAUUCGACGACUUAAUAUUUGCAUAGGAGCGGCUCGUGGACUAGCAUACCUUCAUAAUCCAGGUGAGACCCAACAAAGAGUGUUACAUCGUGAUAUCAAGAGUUCUAACAUCCUACUUGAUGAGAACUGGAAUGCUAAGAUCUCAGAUCUAGGUCUCUCCAAAUUUGGUCCUGCCAAUCAACAGUACACGUUUCUUGUCUCGAAUGCCGUAGGCACUAUUGGAUAUUGUGAUCCACUAUACAUCGAAACAGGGUUAUUAACAAAAGAAUCAGAUGUUUAUUCUUUUGGGGUAGUGUUAUUUGAAGUGUUGUGUGGGAGGUUGUGUAUCACUAAAAAGAAUGGCAUUCAACAGUCUUUAACAGGUUUGGUGCGACAAUACUACCCACAAAACAAAAUAAGUGAUCUUAUAUUUGGUAAUAUAAAAGAUGGAAUGAAUCCCAAAUCAUUGGAUAUGUUUGUCACAAUAGCUUAUCGGUGUUUGAAGAGAGACUUGGAAGAUCGUCCACUGAUAUCCGACGUUGUGAGCAUACUUGAAAGUGCGCUCAAAUAUCAACAUGGUGCUCCAGAAUCUAUCAUCACUAAGCAACCAGAUAGCAAUCCAAGCAGUGCUGAUACCGCUACAUGGUUUAAACGAAUACAAGCAAAGUUUGGGCUUGAUUCAUCUGGUUCGACACAAAACCCAGACCAGUCAAGUAGCCAUGAUGAAGGAAACACAACCAAGGAGAAAAGCGGCCAAAGCAGAGGUCAUAAAUGGUACAAACGAAAUAAGGAAAAGUCUGAUGAGAUGCAGUCAAACUCCGUUGCUAAUAAUUUAAACCCCUCCGAUCCAGGUUAUGGCACCACUGAGGUCGUACCUAAGGACACACAGGCUAUUGCUAUCCAGCCUAUUUCUGUCCCUUCUCUUCUGGUGGUCGAGUUGAAGGAAAUCGCUGACAACUUUGGUAUUGACUCAAUGAUUGGUGAUGGAACUUACGGAUCAACAUACUUUGGUGUUCUUAGAAAUGGGCAGGUUGCAGCUAUUAAAAAGUUUGUAAACUCUACAAAGCAACCAGACCAAGACUUUUUAGCGCAGAUUUCUAUGGUAUCAAGGCUUAAACACGAUAAUGUGGUCGAGCUACUUGGAUAUUGUGUAGAUGGUAACUGGAGAGUACUUGCUUAUGAGUUCUCUUCAAUUGGAUCUCUACACGAUAUUCUUCAUGGACGAAAAGAUUAUAUAGGUGCACGACCAGGUCCUGCUCUAUCAUGGUCCCAAAGAGUUAAAAUUGCUGUUGGGGCUGCAAAAGGGCUUGAAUACUUGCAUGAGAAGACACAACCUCCAAUUAUUCAUGCAGAUAUGAAGUCCAGUAAUGUUCUUCUUUUUGAAGACUAUGUGGCUAAGAUUAGAGAUAUUGAUUUAACACGACAAACCCCAGACAUGGCAGCACGUCUUCAUUCUACCCGUGUUCUUGGUACCUUUGGUUAUCAUGCACCUGAAUAUGCCUUGACAGGAGUGAUAAACUUGAAGAGUGACGUUUACAGCUUUGGAGUUGUUCUCCUGGAACUCUUGACUGGACGAAAACCUGUUGACCAUACUUUGCCACGUGGCCAACAGAGUCUAGUCAGCUGGGCAACACCAAGACUCAGUGAAGAGAACGUGAAACAGUGUGUUGAUGCUAGACUGAAUGGAGAAUACCCGCCAAAAGCAGUUGCCAAGAUGGCGGCAGUAGCGGCUUUGUGUGUGCAGUAUGAAGCUGAUUUUAGACCAAACAUGAGCAUUGUUGUUAAAGCACUGCAGUCAUUGUUGAAUGCUCAUGCUGGACCCCCCAACUGAAUUGCCACUCUUGUGCUCAAUUAUGUGGUUGCGUACAUUUAUGCAUUGUAUUGGAAUCAUUCUUUUGUUAAUUAGAGCUGUGUCAAAAUGGUUCAAAUCUGCUUUUCAAAGG